GGGGCCCCCGGGCAAUAGGGGAUCAUGGGGCCCCUGUGUCCUUGCCCAAACUCAAAAAAGCCUAUGAAAAAAGGUACCAGGGGCAUCUCAUGGGGCCCCCUACUGACUCUGGGCCCUCGGGCAGUGCCCAAGUGCCUAAAUGGUCAAUCCGCCCCUGAUCUGGACUGAUCAGAUGUAUAUAGUAAAGGCAGACAGUCCCACUUAGGACAUGUUCCUUAAAGGAGAAUAACAGCCAAAGCUCGUUUGGCUGUAAUUCUCCUGUAGAUUCAUUCUGCACUCCUGUGACCCGUUUUCAGCUGACAUCAA